AUGUCCAUGCCUGGAGAUACCAUGUUUUCUUCUCAUUCCACUGUCCAUGCCUGGAGAUACCAUGUUUUCUUCUCGAUCCACUGUCCAUGUCUGGAGAUAUCAUGUCUUCUUCUCAUUCCACUGUCUAUGUCUGGAGAUACCAUGUCUUCUUCUCGCUCCACUGUCCAUGUCUGGAGAUAUCUUGUCUUCUUCUCAUUCCAAUGUCCAUGCCUGAGAUACCAUGUCUUCUUCUCGUUCCACUGUCCAUGUCUGGAGAUACCUUUGUCUUCUUCUCAUUCCACUGUCCAUGUCUGGAGAUACCAUGUCUUCUUCUCGUUCCACUGUCCAUGUCUGGAGAUACCUUGUCUUCUUCUCAUUCCACUGUCCAUGUCUGGAGAUACCAUGUCUUCUUCUCGUUCCACUGUCCAUGUCUGGAGAUACCUUGUCUUCUUCUCGUUCCACUGUCCAUGUCUGGAGAUAUCGUGUCUUCUUUUCAUUCUAAUGUCCAUGCCUGGAGAUACCAUGUUUUCUUCUCAUUCCACUGUCCAUGCCUGGAGAUACCAUGUUUUCUUCUCGAUCCACUGUCCAUGUCUGGAGAUAUCAUGUCUUCUUCUCAUUCCACUGUCUAUGUCUGGAGAUACCAUGUCUUCUUCUCGUUCCACUGUCCAUGUCUGGAGAUACCUUGUCUUCUUCUCGUUCCACUGUCCAUGUCUGGAGAUAUCGUGUCUUCUUUUCAUUCUAAUGUCCAUGCCUGGAGAUACCAUGUCUUCUUCUCGUUCCACUGUCCAUAUAUCAUGUCUGCUUCUCAUUCCACUGUCCAUGUCUGGAGAUAUCAUGUCUUCUUCUCAUUCUAAUGUCCAUGCCUGGAGAUACCAUGUUUUCUUCUCAUUCUACUGUCCAUGUCUGGAGAUAUCAUGUCUUCUUCUCGAUUCUAAUGUCCAUGCCUGGAGAUACCAUGUUUUUUUCUCAUUCCACUGUCCAUGUCUGGAGAUCAUGUCUUCUUCUCAUUCUAAUGUCCAUGCCUGGAGAUACCAUGUUUUCUUCUCAUUCCACUGUCCAUGUCUGGAGAUAUCAUGUCUUCUUCUCAUUCUAAUGUCCAUGCCUGGAGAUACCAUGUUUUUCUUCUCAUUCCACUGUCCAUGUCUGGAGAUAUCAUGUUUCUUCUCAUUCCAAUGUCCAUGUCUGGAGAUACCAUGUUUUCUUCUCAUUCCACUGUCCAUGUCUGAGAUAUCAUGUCUUCUUCUCAUUCCAAUGUCCAUGCCUGGAGAUACCUUGUUUUCUUCUCAUUCCACUGUCCAUGUCUGGAGAUAUCGUGUCUUCUUUUCAUUCCAAUGUCCAUGCCUGGAGAUACCAUGUUUUCUUCUCAUUCCACUGUCCAUGUCUGUAGAUAUCAUGUCUUCUUCUCAUUCCAAUGUCCAUGCCUGGAGAUACCAUGUUUCACUGUCCAUGUCUGGAGAUUCUUCUUCUCAUUCUAAUGUCCAUGCCUGGAGAUACCAUGUUUUCUUCUCAUUCUACAGUCCAUGUCUGGAGAUAUCGUGUCUUCUUCUCAUUCCAAUGUCCAUGCCUGGAGAUACCAUGUUUUCUUCUCAUUCUACUGUCCAUGUCUGGAGAUAUCAUGUCUUCUUCUCAUUCUAA